AUGGCGGCUGUGAGUGUGGAAGAGGUGAGGAAGGCGCAGCGGGUGGAGGGCCUGGCGACGGUGAUGGCCAUCGGUACGGCAACACCGCAGAACUGCGUGUACCAGGAGGGGUACGCGGAAUACUAUUUUCGCGUCACCAAGAGCGAUCACGUCAGCCAUCUCAAAGAAAAGUUCAAGAAAAUGUGUGACAAAUCUAUGAUCCGGAAGAGGUAUAUGACCUUGACGGAGGAGAUCUUUGAGGAACACCCCAGCAUUGGCACGUAUAUGGCGCCAUCGCUGGACGUGCGCCAGGACAUCACGGUGGCCGAGAUCCCGAAGCUGGGGAAGGCAGCAGCGCUGAAGGCGCUAAAAGAGUGGGGCCAUCCACUGUCCAAGAUCACGCACCUGGUGUUCUGCUCCACCUCGGGCGUGGACUUGCCGGGCGCCGAUUACCAGCUAAUCAAGAUGCUGGGCCUCAGCCUGUCGGUGAGGCGUGUGAUGUUGUACCAGCAGGGCUGCUUCGCCGGCGGGACGGUGCUUCGCGUGGCCAAGGACCUCGCAGAGAAUAACCGCGGCGCUCGGGUGCUAGUGGUCUGCUCUGAGAUCACCGCGCAGACCUUCCAUGGCCCCUCAGACACCGAAAUGGACUGGCUGGUUGGCCAGGCAAUCUUCGGAGACGGCGCGGCCGCGGUGAUCAUCGGGGCAGACCCCGACCAUGCCACGGAGAGGCCGCUGUUCGAGCUGGUGUCGGCAAGCCAAACCAUAUUGCCGGACACGGAGGGCUACGUUGGAGGCCACCUCCGGGAGGCGGGACUCACCUUCCACCUCCACAGGGGCGUGCCCAUGGCCAUCUCCAAGAACAUCAAGCUUGCACUGGAGAAUGCCUUCGAGCCGUUGGGCAUCGACGAUUGGAACUCCAUCUUCUGGGUAGCUCACCCUGGUGGGCCAGCGAUCCUAGACAUGGUGGAGGCCGAGGCCAAGCUGGACAAAAAGCGGAUGCGCGCCACCAGGCACAUCCUAUCCGAGUACGGCAACAUGUCCAGCGCGUGCGUCCUCUUCAUCCUCGACGAGAUGCGUAAGAAAUCUGCCGAGGACGGCCAAGCCACCACCGGCGAGGGCCUGGAAUGGGGCGUGCUCUUUGGCUUUGGCCCUGGCAUCACUGUGGAGACCGUAGUUCUCCGCAGCGUCCCCAUCGCCGCCCCAUGA